AGCUCCCUGGACUGUCACUCAGAGCUCACGGGCGGCCACAGCAGCGGGACUCUUGGUCCGGCGAACCGCUGGGGCUCUCGCCGUCUUCCGUGGGCGGCGGGGGCGCUCUAGGCCGCCGCGUCUCUAUGGCCGCAGGGCGGACCUCCCCGACAGCUCUGCGGACCGCGCGACGCCAUGGCUCAGGCGAGAGAAAAUGUCAGUUUACUCUUCAAGCUCUACUGCUUGGCAGUGAUGACCCUGGUGGCUGCAACUUACACCAUAGCUUUAAGAUACACCAGGACAACAGAUAAUGAACUUUACUUUUCAACCACAGCCGUGUGUAUCACAGAAGUUAUAAAGUUACUCCUAAGUGUUGGACUUUUAGCUAAAGAAACUGGUAGUUUGGGUAGAUUUAAGGCAUCUUUAAGUGAAAACGUCUUGGGGAGCCCCAAGGAACUAGUAAAGUUAAGUGUGCCAUCACUGGUGUAUGCUGUUCAGAACAACAUGGCUUUCCUAGCUCUUAGUAAUCUGGAUGCAGCAGUGUACCAGGUGACCUAUCAGUUGAAGAUUCCCUGUACAGCUUUAUGCACUGUUUUAAUGUUAAAUCGGACACUCAGCAAAUUACAAUGGAUUUCAGUUUUUAUGCUAUGUGGUGGGGUCACACUCGUACAGUGGAAACCAGCCCAAGCUACAAAAGUUGUGGUGGAGCAGAAUCCAUUAUUAGGGUUUGGUGCUAUAGCUAUUGCGGUAUUGUGCUCAGGAUUUGCAGGAGUUUAUUUUGAAAAAGUUUUAAAGAGUUCGGAUACUUCCCUUUGGGUGAGAAACAUUCAAAUGUAUCUAUCAGGGAUCAUUGUGACACUAGUUGGUACCUACCUGUCAGAUGGAGCCGACAUUAAAGAAAAGGGAUUUUUCUAUGGUUACACAUAUUAUGUCUGGUUCGUUAUCUUCCUUGCAAGUGUUGGCGGCCUCUAUACCUCUGUUGUGGUCAAGUACACAGACAACAUCAUGAAAGGCUUCUCUGCAGCAGCAGCCAUUGUCCUUUCUACCAUUGCUUCAGUGCUACUUUUUGGAUUACAGAUAACACUCACAUUUGCACUAGGAGCCCUUCUGGUAUGUGUCUCCAUAUAUCUCUAUGGGCUACCCAGGCAAGAUACUACAUCUGUUCAACAAGGAGAAACAACUCCAAAAGAGAGACUCAUUGGUGUGUGAUUUCAUUAUCAAGAGAUUCCUAUUAUGACUAACUGUUAAUAUUAAAAUAGAGCCUUAAGUCAAUCUCAGAAGAUAGCUUAACAACAACACAACAAAUUAACUGUAUGGGUUAAGAAUCAAGAAGAAAACUAUGAGUGAAAUGAUGAAACAUUUACUUUAGAGCCAAGCUGUAUUAUUUCAGAAUGAAGGAAUUUUACUAUUAUAUAUCAUGUACAUAAAACAUAUAGCAGUGGUGUGGUAUUGAAACAAUCAUGUGAAACUACAAUAUUCAAAUAACAAGGUUUAAGACAGCAUUUAGGGUUAAAGUGCCAAAGCAAUUUCUGUACUAACUGUUCACUUGUUCAGGUACUGGGAGAGAAGGAUGACCCCUUCUUAUUCUCCAAUUCAUUUAUAGUAUUUUGUCUCUGUAGCAGUAAAGAUCUAGCUCUUUCGUUAUCAAAGCAAGGCAGGAUCAAGACUAGAUAGUUCAGAAAGAAAUGGAAUGUGUAGCUUGUAAAACAUUUUAUAACCUAUUUUAUAACUCAGAUAAUGAGUUCUGGGUGAUGACUGCGAACCUUAGUGCUGUAUUCGUGCCAUUUACUAUCUGGUUUGUAUUUCUUUGCUGUCAGCUGAUACACUUUUCAGAAAAAUUUCUAAGUCACUUUUAUACUUUGUUUUUAUAAAGUAUGGUUAACUGUUGGGCUCUCAAUUUGUGAACUUUCAGUGUUUUUAAAAUAUUUCUAUACUCUAUGGGGGAAAUCUGGCAAUAAACUUAUUUAUAUGAA